AUGGGAUUCGACAUCAAAUACUGCUAUUCAUCUUCCCUUCUUCUUUCGGCAAAACGCGGUUCUGUGAGAGGUGUGGCUAAGGCCCUGGCCUAUGGCGCUGACAUCAAUACCCUCGACCGUACAAUUUUUGACUCGGAGUUCAAGGAUGGUAAUGGCUACGAAGCGCCAACAGUCAAGCGAAUACCGACGAAUUCAACCCUGACUGCUCUCCACUGGGCGGCCUUCUUCGGCCAUGCAGAUGUGGUGGCGUUUCUUCUGCGCAAAGGCGCUGAUGUAAAUGUUAGAGCCAAUUUGGGCAUGCAAUGGUGGCCGACAUAUGUUUCAGAUCCAGAUGAGUUUCCCGAUCCUCUUUAUGGAGGCCAUCCUCAGCGCAUAAUGCUCUGUCCAACACAGGACGAUUUUGAACCCUGGUGGAGAGGAGGCUAUUAUGUUUGUGAUGACGCCAGAUAUUGGAUUGGAGCAAGUCCUCUCUUCCUUGCUCUUAAAGCUGUUCAAGACACAGAAAUAGAGAGCUCCUGGCGCACUUGGGUCGAUUCGUGUGUAGAUCCCAUCGUCGAAACUGACAACAGUGGGUGCCGGUUGCGCAUCGCCCGCAUGCUCAUCGACGCGAACGCAUCUCUAAUCACCCGGCUCAGGGGCUCUAUUCACGCGAUUCAUCAGGCCUGCGCAUAUCGAGACUACGAGGUAGUCCGAUUUCUCGUUUGCUCGAUAGGUGUGGAUGUCUCAAUAACAGAUCACGACGGGAACUCGGCUCUGCAUUAUAUGGCGAUGCAUCUGAUCUUCAGUCCACAGGUUAACCGUGACAGGUAUAUCAUCCCACAUCCGAUCGAGCGGCAAAAGCUCAUUGUUCGUUUGUUGCUUGACAAAGGGCUCGACUUGAACUUGAAAAACAAUCGGGGAUUCACGGCCAAAGACAUGGGGCUCGACAUUAUGGACGAAGGGUUGGUAGUGGAGCGUACAUCUCACCCUCGUUAUCCACGUUCUAGAGCUGCAACGCCGUCGCAAAUGGCUGGUAGGAAUCUUGCUAGGUAA